CCGAGUUGCGAACCCAGCCGCCUGCGCCGGGGCGCGCGCUGUGAUGGCGGCUGCUGGGGCCCGGGGAGGCGGCGGAGGCGGCUCGGGGUCCGGCUCUGGCUCCGGCACCUCCCGAGGCUUUUAUUUCAACACAGUGCUUUCACUGGCCCGUUCCCUGGCUGUGCAGAGACCUGCAUCCUUGGAGAAGGUCCAGAAGCUGCUUUGCAUGUGCCCAGUAGAUUUCCAUGGAAUCUUCCAACUGGAUGAAAGACGGCGAGAUGCAGUGAUUGCACUGGGCAUUUUUCUCAUUGAAUCUGAUCUUCAGCACAAAGACUGUGUUGUUCCUUAUCUUCUUCGACUUCUCAGAGGUCUUCCAAAAGUGUAUUGGGUUGAAGAAAGCACAGCUCGGAAAGGCAGAGGUAACCUCCCAGUUGCGGAGAGCUUUAGCUUCUGUCUGGUCACCUUGCUGUCUGAUGUGGCUUACAGGGACCCCUCCCUGAGGGAUGAGAUUUUAGAGGCACUCCUGCAGGUUAUGCAUGUCCUUCUGGGAAUGUGCCAGGCCUUGGAGAUUCAAGAAAAAGAAUACCUUUGCAAGUAUGCAAUCCCAUGCCUGAUCGGAAUCUCCAGAUCGUUCGGACGUUACAGCACUUCUGAAGAGUCUCUCCUCUCAAAGCUCUUUCCCAAAGCCCCUCCUCAUUCCCUGAGAAUCCCGGAGGAGCUAGAAGGUGUCCGAAGGCGUUCCUUUAAUGACUUCCGCUCCAUCCUACCCAGCAAUCUGCUGACUGUGUGUCAGGAGGGCACACUGAAGAGGAAAACCAGCAGUGUGUCCAGCAUCUCCCAGGUUAGCCCAGAGCGUGGCAUGCCCCCUCCCAGCUCCCCUGGAGGAUCUGCCUUUCACUACUUUGAAGCCUCUUGCCUGCCUGAUGGAACUGCUCUGGAGCCCGAGUACUACUUCUCCACCAUCAGUUCCAGCUUUUCUGUCUCCCCCCUCUUCAAUGGCGUCACCUAUAAGGAGUUCAGUAUCCCACUGGAAAUGCUUCGGGAACUCUUGAACUUGGUGAAGAAGAUUGUUGAGGAGCCUGUUCUCAAGUCCUUAGAUGCAGUUGUAGCCAGCGUGAUGGAAGCCAAUCCCAGUGCUGACCUCUACUACACAACCUUCAGUGAUGCCCUCUACCUGACCAUGUUCAAAGUGCUUCGAGACACUCUGCACCACAUGAAAGACCUCCCCACCUCCUUUGUGAAAGAGAUCCAUGAUUUUGUGUUGGAGCAGUUCAACAUGAGCCAAGGGGAGCUCCAGAAGAUUCUACAUGACGCAGACAGGGUCCACAGUGAGAUGAGCCCCCUCAAACUGCGCUGCCAAGCAAAUGCUGCCUGUGUGGACCUCAUGGUGUGGGCUGUGAAGGACGAGCAGGGUGCAGAAAACCUUUGCAUCAAGCUGUCUGAAAAGCUGCAAUCCAAGACAUCCAGCAAGGUCAUCAUUGCCCAUUUGCCCUUGCUAAUCUGCUGCCUACAGGGUCUGGGCCGCCUGUGUGAAAGGUUCCCAGUGGUGGUACACUCGGUGACACCAUCUUUGAGAGACUUUCUGGUGAUUCCAUCCCCAGUGCUGGUGAAGCUCUAUAAGUACCACAGUCAGUACCACACAGUUGCUGGCAAUGAUAUAAAAAUCAGCGUCACCAAUGAGCAUUCUGAGUCAACCCUGAAUGUCUUGCCGGGUAAGAAGAACCAGCCAUCCAUGUAUGAGCAGCUCCGGGACAUCGCCAUUGACAACAUCUGCAGGUGCCUGAAGGCUGGCCUGACUGUGGACCCGGUGAUAGUGGAGGCCUUCCUGGCUAGCCUCUCCAACCGGCUCUACAUCUCCCAGGAGAGUGACAAGGAUGCUCACUUGAUUCCUGACCAUACCAUCCGUGCCUUGGGACACAUCGCAGUGGCUCUGAGGGACACCCCAAAGGUCAUGGAGCCAAUUCUGCAGAUCCUGCAGCAGAAAUUCUGCCAGCCUCCCUCGCCCCUCGACGUGCUCAUCAUCGAUCAGCUGGGCUGCCUGGUUAUCACUGGAAAUCAAUACAUCUAUCAGGAAGUGUGGAACCUCUUCCAGCAAAUCAGUGUGAAGGCCAGUUCAGUUGUGUAUUCGGCCACCAAAGACUACAAAGACCAUGGCUACAGGCACUGUUCCCUAGCAGUGAUCAAUGCCCUGGCCAACAUUGCCGCCAACAUUCAGGAAGAGCAUCUUGUGGACGAGUUGUUGAUGAACCUGCUGGAACUGUUUGUGCAGCUGGGCCUGGAAGGGAAACGAGCCAGUGAGAGGGCUAGUGAGAAGGGCCCCGCCCUGAAGGCUUCCAGCAGUGCGGGGAAUUUGGGGGUGCUCAUUCCUGUAAUUGCUGUGUUCCUGGUCACCUGGCACACCAUUGAUGCCGAUGCCCCGGAGCUCAGCCAUGUCCUGUGCUGGGCACCCACGGACCCGCCCACAGGCCUCUCCUACUUCUCCAGCAUGUAUCCGCCACACCCUCUCACUGCACAGUAUGGGGUGAAAGUCCUGCGGUCCUUCCCUCCGGAUGCCAUUCUGUUCUACAUCCCCCAGAUUGUGCAGGCCCUCAGAUAUGACAAGAUGGGCUAUGUGCGUGAAUACAUUCUUUGGGCAGCAGCCAAAUCCCAGCUUCUGGCACACCAGUUUAUCUGGAAUAUGAAAACUAACAUCUACCUCGAUGAAGAAGGGCACCAGAAAGACCCUGACAUCGGUGACCUUCUGGAGCAGUUAGUGGAAGAGAUCACAGGGUCCCUCUCAGGCCCAGCCAAAGAUUUCUAUCAACGGGAAUUUGAUUUCUUCAACAAGAUCACCAACGUCUCAGCUAUCAUCAAGCCCUACCCUAAAGGCGACGAAAGAAAAAAGGCUUGUCUGUCAGCUCUGUCUGAGGUGAAGGUGCAGCCUGGCUGCUACCUGCCCAGCAACCCUGAAGCAAUUGUGUUAGACAUUGACUAUAAGUCGGGAACACCGAUGCAGAGUGCUGCGAAAGCACCGUAUCUGGCCAAGUUUAAGGUGAAGCGAUGUGGAGUGAGCGAGCUUGAAAAAGAAGGUCUGCAGUGCCGUUCAGAUGCCGAGGAUGAGUGCCGUGGGCAGGAGGCUGAUGGCAAGAAGAUCUGCUGGCAGGCAGCCAUCUUCAAAGUGGGGGAUGACUGCCGACAGGACAUGUUAGCCCUGCAGAUCAUCGACCUCUUCAAGAACAUCUUCCAGCUGGUUGGCCUGGACCUCUUUGUUUUUCCCUACCGGGUGGUAGCCACUGCCCCUGGGUGUGGGGUGAUUGAGUGCAUACCGGACUGUACCUCCCGAGACCAGCUGGGCCGCCAAACUGACUUCGGCAUGUAUGACUACUUCACACGCCAGUAUGGGGACGAGUCUACCCUAGCCUUCCAGCAGGCACGCUACAACUUCAUCCGAAGCAUGGCCGCCUACAGCCUCCUGCUCUUCCUGCUGCAGAUCAAGGACAGGCACAACGGCAACAUCAUGCUGGACAAAAAGGGCCACAUCAUCCACAUCGACUUUGGCUUCAUGUUUGAAAGCUCACCGGGCGGAAACCUUGGCUGGGAACCCGACAUCAAGCUGACAGAUGAGAUGGUGAUGAUUAUGGGGGGCAAGAUGGAGGCCACACCCUUCAAGUGGUUCAUGGAGAUGUGUGUCCGAGGUUAUCUGGCUGUGCGGCCUUACAUGGAUGCAGUCGUCUCCCUAGUCACACUCAUGUUGGACACAGGCUUGCCCUGUUUCCGAGGCCAGACAAUCAAGCUUUUGAAACACAGGUUCAGCCCCAACAUGACAGAGCGAGAAGCGGCGAACUUUAUCAUGAAGGUCAUCCAGAGCUGUUUCCUCAGCAACAGGAGCCGGACCUAUGACAUGAUCCAGUACUACCAGAACGACAUCCCCUACUGAUGGGCAGGCAGUGACGCCUCGGCUGCCCCCAGCAGCUCAUACUGUUAGCAUAGCCUGGGCAUGGAGCUGGGACAGCCACCUGCAACUUGGGUCCCAGAGACUGACAAGCGUGUGGUGGUGCUGUGUGCACAGGUGUGAGUCUUUGUUUGCACUGGACACAUUCCCUACUUGUUCACCUGUCUUACUACAUAGGUACAUGAAGUAUUUUCUUGUGUAAACUUGGAAAAAAUAAAAAUCCCAAAAUGUGCUGCA